AUGGCGUUAACGCAACCGUCGACGACAUCGACGGCAACACAAGGUGUAUGUACCAGUUAUCAGCAACGUUCCCCUCAGUAAAGCGGGUUUGCAGGGGCAUCGUACGAAGACGGCUAUCAGUUUGCUCGUAGCGUCGAACUCGCUAGCAGUUCUAGCCGUAAAUCGUCGGCGCUUCGACGGAUCCUGGUUGCAUCACAGCUCAUCUCCGAAUAGCAGUUUCUUCGCGAUCAGUGCUUUCUGUUCUUGCCACGAGUGGCCGCGUUUCACUUUGCUCCUUUUACGAACAGCACAAUGAAAAAGUCUACCCUCGACAAUAUUUCAGUAUUUCUGGCCGAGCUGAUCGGCACAGGAUUGUUGGUGAUGCUUGGUUGCAUGGGAUGCGUGUCUGGAUUAGGCCACACUCCUUCACAUUUUGAAUUGUGCAUUAACUUUGGUCUUAUAGUGAUGAUCAUUGUACAAGUUUUCGGUUGUGUAUCUGGAGCUCACCUCAAUCCAGCGGUUACCGCUGCCGCAUGGGUGUACGAAUUAGUUUCCACCAAGAUGGCUUUGGCGUAUGGUGCAGCUCAAUGCAUAGGUGCUUUUAUGGGCUACGGCAUCCUAAAGCUGCUAACACCAGUUGAUGUGUUCGAUACUGCCUUAGCAAAAGGAGCCGGAUUCUGCGUAACACAGCCGAACAGCGCCAUCUCAAACAUGCAGGCUGUUGGCAUUGAAUUUGUUGCUACAAUGGUAUUGAUCUUAGUCUGCUGUGGUGUCUGGGAUCCUCGCAACGCAAAACAUCACGAUUCGGUUGCUUUAAAGUUUGGUUUCACUGUCGGAGCGCUGGCCGUUGCAGCGGGACCUUACACCGGCGCAAGUAUGAACCCUGCUCGUUCUGUAGGCCCGGUCCUGUGGAACGGAGUGUACAAUGCACAUUGGAUCUACUGGGUCGGCCCGCUUGGGGCUGCUUUUCUGACUGCCUUCGCCUACAAGGCUGUAUUUCGGCGGGAGGUACCUAUUGAACAGCUUAAUCACGAGCUAGCGGCUCUUAACACUGACAAAUCGAACGCUUAG